AUGAUUAUGAAAAGUUAUCAUUCAACCAUGUCUUCACCGAAACUAUCUUCUUUAGAUAGCAACGAUUUGAUAACAAACUACAGAAAAUCCAUCGAAAAUGAAAUCCGCGAACCAGACACUUGCCGAAUCUGCAGAGGAGAGGGCGAUGUGUCCGAGUCUUUAUUUUACCCAUGUAAAUGUAGCGGUAGCAUCAAAUAUGUACACCAAGGCUGUUUAAUGGAAUGGCUAUCACAUUCUCAGAAAAAGCACUGCGAGCUCUGUAAGACUGCUUUUCGAUUUACAAAGCUAUACUCGCCAGACAUGCCUAAAUCGCUACCUCUAUACGUCCUUGCUCGAUAUGCUUUCUUUCAUGCUUUAAAAACUAUGAAAAACUGGCUUAGAUUCUGCUUAGUAACAGUUGUUUGGCUCGGUAUCCUGCCCUAUACUAUCAGACAAUUUUGGAGACUACUUUUCUGGAUCAGUGACGGUAGAUGGCCAUCAAGCUAUUGGGACUAUAAAAGUGAUAAGACUUCAAGUGUCUUAAAAGCAAUUCAAUCGGCUUAUGGCGCAGAAUUCACGAGACUAAUGGCUAAUGGGACAUGCCCCAUAAUGCCAUUUAGCUCAAAUCCCACUAAUCCAGCAAGCUUAGGAAAUGUCAUUAAUAAGUUAAAUGAAGUAUCAACAUCCAUCUUCCAGACAAUUAACAUCAGUGGAUCUACUGAUGCUACUUCUAAACUUCUGAACUCAGCUCAUCAUGGUCUCAAGAUACAAAGCCUACCUGAACCCGAAAAGUUCAUCGAUAAAAAUAUCAUAUCGGAAUAUAUUGCAAAAGUUUCUGCUAGAACAAAGGGAGCAUCGCUCAUGAGUGAAAUUUCGCUUUUUCAAAAUCUUACGCGGAAUACUUCCAUUAAUCAGCUUGUACUUAAUGUUGUCGAAGGCUACAUAAUCACUGUUUUAGUCGUCAUUUCCUUCAUUCUUAUCUUUUUGAUCAGAGAAUGGGUCGUCCAGCAGCAGCCCGGCUUGAAUAUUGGAGCUGGAUUUAAUGCCGAGCCUGCUGUCGUUCCUGAAGAAAUAGAUAAUGAAUGGCGUGAUCAACUUCAGCAAAACGAAAUGGAAGCCGACAACAACCAAACUGAUGGACGUUCAGCUCCAGCAGACCUUAUGACGGUAGGAGUAAAUAUUAAUGACCAAAAUGAGACAGAUAUGAACGGAUUUGCGCAUGGCCCUGGGUCGCAUAAUUCGCAAAUCGAAGUUUCAAAAAGAACAAUCACUCAACCCCUUAAGGCUGAAGAAUUUAUGGAAGUAUGGCGGCGAGGUAGCCGCAAUCCUGAUGAAGUUUUGAAACUUAUAGAAAAGGAAGGAAAGUUGGGGGAGCUUGAGUAUUGGGUUAAACUUUUAGAAAUGCAAAGAAACCCUGUCAUCAAAACAACACCUGCCCAACCCAACAUGCCUGUGUUAGCUAAUAAAUGUCGUGAAAUCACACCAUUAGAAGAUUUCGGUAACACGAUAGAACACAGUUUGCCGAUUAAUCCAGAUUCACAUCUCAACACCGCAGGAAUUUUUGGUGAUGGCUCUAAACUUUACGACUCAAAAAGAUUAUCCCACUUAUCAAAUCAUAGCUACUCGUUGGAAACGUCAGAUCCGGGAGAUAGAGGAGAAUCAAAUAAGUUAAAAGGGAAAGAACGUGCUUGUGAUUCAAAUGAAACAAUCUGCGUCAACGAAAAUUAUUUAAAGCCGAAAGAGUCUGAUUCUGAAGACCCUUCGACGGAAGAUUCGCUUCUUUCAAUUCUUAUCAGUGAGGCUGACACGAAUUUAGCAACCAGCUCUAGGCCACGAUCCACAAGUGACGGCCCAGUCCGUAAAAGACCAUCUCUUCUCUCCACGAAUAAUUGGAUUUUCCCUGAAAUGUCCGAGGAACAAAAAGAGGGUUCCUUCAUGUCCUAUAGCUUGGAACCUCUCAAAAAUAUUGGUCACCCCGACUACAGCAAUAAUUCGAGCCCUGAGAGUAUUAAUAAUCCAUCUGAGGAAAUUAAACAAGAACUUAAUGAGAAAAUUGUGUCUACAGAUUCUAAUGAUUCUUCUCCAAGAAUUUAUCAUAAGAAAAAUGAUGUAGAUAUGCUAGAGCUAGAAACUGCCAUUUUGACUCCAAGACCAACGCACUUUGAAGAACUUAGCACUACUACUUACAUGACAAGUUCUGUCAAUGAAGAUAAAGAGACCGAAGUAAAUCAAUCUGAAGAGAUCCCAACAAAUCACUCAAACCAUAACCUCGAAUCUGACCAACGGCCUAUUGAAAGUAAUCCACCCACAGUUAACUCGCAUGCAACAGACAACACUCUUUUUGAGGCCAGAGCACCGGAUACGAUUAGACCAGCCCCAGAUUUCCUUGGUACGGUUGCCGAGUUUUUAUGGGGUGGAAUUGGUGAUGAUGUACCAGCGGAAGAACUCAUUGCGAAUGAAGAAUUAAUUAUCCACGAUAUAGCAGCAGAACCACCCUUUGUCCCGGUAGCCCGCCAUGAUGCUCUAAAUCCUAGAGAAAAUGCUGUAGCAGUACGAGAAGAAGCUCAGGAUGCUAUUGCAGUGGGUAAUGAUCAGAAUGAUCCCGAAGCGAUUGACGAUGCCGAGGAUUUUGAAGGUAUUAUGGAGUUAAUUGGUAUGCGUGGCCCGAUAUUUAGCCUUCUUCAGAACGCUCUAUUCAGCGCUCUCCUCCUGGGACUAACUGUUACCGUCGGUGUUUGGACCCCAUAUAAUUUCGGAAAAAUAUCAUUACUUUUAAUCGCCAAUCCUGGGCCAGCGCUUAAGGCACCGCUAAAAAUUUUAUUUGGCUGCGCUGCACUCAUGCAAGAUCUAGCCUUAAGUGUCUUCGGUGUUUUAUCACUACUGAUAAUUCAACUGUUUGCUGUGCCCUAUAGUCUCGGGAUAACAUACUUUGGAUUGGGAGAGUCACCGAUAGCAUCUCAAGCCAGCUUUGUAGCCUCGAUGAUCCCCGAAGUAUCGUCAGCCGCUCUCAUACGAAUAAAAGAAAGUGCAUUAAGGAAUAUGAUUCAUAUUACAGACUCUGAGAUGUCCAUAUUCUCUGCUGCAUGCCACGAAUCCCUUCAUACAAUUCGGAAUUCUAUUGUUGGUCUAAUUAAAGGUCUUUUAUAUUAUAUAGGAUAUGCCUUUUAUGGAGAUUAUCACAUAACUUCUUCCAAUAUCCUGUUAAGUUUCCAAACAUUAUCAAAAUCGGGAUUUCAAACAUUGUUACGAUUACCUCAUUGGUUUGUGAAGUCUGAUAUUUGGAUGAUUAACUUGGCUGGGAGGGAACGAUCUGCCCCAAUUGACGUUGAACUGAGUGUCUGGAAUGGUACAGACAGAUUUUGCGCUAUAUUGGUGGGAUAUUCAGUACUCUGUAUUCUAGGGGCUCUAUAUGUAAGAAGGGGCUCUCCAUUUUCUUCAGGGCAAGUUGGUCGGGAACUCGAGAUGGCACUUAUGGAUCUACUCAACCAAGCAGGAGGUGUUGUGAAAGUGAUCUUAAUCAUCAGCAUUGAGAUGCUCAUAUUUCCCCUCUAUUGUGGUCUUCUCUUGGAUUUUGCACUGCUCCCGCUUUUCGAGAACACGUCGAUCUUAUCUCGAUUUCUUUUUACCUUAAAGUCGCCGCUUACCUCUAUCUUUGUACAUUGGUUUGUGGGGACGUGCUACAUGUUCCACUUCGCACUUUUUGUUUCGAUGUGUCGAAAGAUAAUGCGUAAAGGGGUCUUAUAUUUUAUUCGUGAUCCUGAUGACCCGACCUUUCAUCCCGUCCGAGAUGUGCUAGAGAGGAACGUUACAACGCAGCUUCAAAAGAUACUUUUUAGUGCUCUUGUAUAUGGCGGACUAGUAAUUGUCUGCUUAGGUGGUGUCGUUUGGGGAAUUUCAUAUACUUUUACAGGUAUUUUACCGAUACACUGGUCAUCUAACAAACCUGUGCUAGAAUUUCCUAUUGAUCUCCUGUUCUAUAAUUUCUUCAUGCCGAUGGCGAUCAAGCUAUUUAAACCCUCUCAUGCGUUGCGCACCAUGUAUGACUGGUGGUUUCGACAAUGCGCACGUAUGCUGCGACUCACUUGGUUUAUGUUUGAUGAAAGGAGACUAGACGAAGAAGGACAUUUAGUACGGAAGACAUGGAAAGACGUUUUUUGGAAUAGUAAAGGUGAUCCAUUUCUAAUGGUCAUGACAGACGACUCCAAAAGCGUAUUUGAAAAUAAUCCACAGUGGCGCGCAUACUAUCGUAGAGAUGGAAAGUACGUUAGGGCACCCGCUUCAGACCAGGUGCGGAUACCAAAAGGCUCUAGUAUAUUCCUAGAGGUAGAUGAGAUGAACAAUAGAAUCGACGGCAAAACAGAUCAAGGCGACGGUAUACAUGGCAAAAAUUCUAUGCUGUGUAAACAAGUUUAUAUUCCGCCUUGGUUCCGACUACGCAUUGUUAUGUUUAUCCUGUCUAUCUGGCUUUUCGCAGCUGUUACGGGUGUUGGUAUUACGAUUGUGCCACUUGUCCUUGGCCGCAUGGUGUUUUCCACGCUUAUCCCAGACCACGUUCAUAAAAACGAUGCAUACGCUUUUUCAAUUGGCAUCUACUUACUUGGGUCAAUAGUAUAUUGCACCUCGCAUUUAAAGAACUCAUUUCUCCACGCCUAUAAAGUUCUAGUAACUGAAGCCUAUUCUUUCAAAAAGAUACUGCAAUACGUUUUUUAUGCUAGUUUUCGAAUUAUCAGCGUUAUUUGGACUUACGCCGCGUUUCUAUUAGUUUUUCCUACACUUUUUGCACUACUGAUCGAACUUUAUUUUAUUGUGCCAUUGCACACAUAUUUCGCUAUGGGUGAGAGACAUGUAAUCUACUUUGUCCAAAGCUGGACUUUGGGGCUACUUUAUGUCAAACUCACCACUAGAUUGAUCCUCUGGAACGAAAAUUCUCGCCCAGCUCAGUCACUUCGCGCCAUAAUACGUAAUGGCUACCUUAAUCCGGAUGCCCGCUUGGCAACGCGAAGCUUUAUACUUCCUGGGGCUAUAUUACUUUCCAGCGCAUUUUCCAUUCCAUGGGCACUGGCCCGGCUAAUAAUAUCUACAAUGUUGCGAAACUCACCCGAUAAACAUACUCUCACAUAUAGAUACUCUUACCCAGUUUUUCUGUGCUUGUGUGGUAUGGCUCUUAUUUUAUGGAUUAUGAUGGGAUGGGCUAGAAACUGGAAACUGAAGAUAAGGGAUGAUGUUUACUUGAUUGGGGAAAGAUUACACAAUUUUGGAGACAGGAAAGUACAAAAUUUGGCCGGUGCACAUGCAUUGAGAAGAAUUGAUGCUUAG